AUGGCCCCUCUCAUCCGUGUCAUCGGCUCCCUAAACGCCGACAUGGUCUCCGUGACCCCACGCUUCCCCGACCCCGGCGAGACCAUCACCUCCUCCUCCUACUUCACCAGCGCCGGCGGCAAAGGCGCCAAUCAAGCCGUGGCCUGUGGCCGACUAUCCCGGCCACAACCUACAACCGACGGCCUCAACACGCAGAGCGACGUGACGGUCGAGAUGGUCGGCGCCGUGGGCGCAUUGGACGGCCACUUCUCCGCACUACUUCGCCCCACGCUCGAAAAGUCGGGCGUGGAUACAUCGCGCGUGCGGGUGGUUGAGAAUGCUUAUACCGGUGUGGCAGUUAUUAUCGUGGACUCGUCUGCCGGCGGCGAGAAUCGUAUCCUGUUCUCGCCUGGUGCUAACUACACCGGUAUGCAGCCCACGCCCGACGUCCUGGGUUGCGCGUUGGCUGCCCCAGUGCCGGACGUGAUCGUGAUGCAAGGCGAGAUCCCCGUGGACACGGUGGUUGGGAUUCUGCGUGAGAUUGCUGCGUUCAAGGCGAAGAACCGUGCUGCGGGAAAGCGUGGUAUCGAGUGCGGACCGGACGUUAUGCUGAACCCGGCUCCGGCACCACCGGGUGGUUUACCUGAGGAUGUCUAUGCAGCUGUUGACCAUUUGAUCUUGAACGAGACGGAGGCCGAGUUGAUGAGCCCUCCCGAGGAGCAAUUGCUCCACGUAAUCCCGGAUGCAGCGGGACUGGACGGUAAUGAGAAAGUUGCUCGGUAUUUCCACAAGCUAGGAGUGAGUUAUGUGCUGAUUACGCUCGGGGCCAAGGGAGUCUGGUACAGUGCUACGGACGGGGGCACAACUGGCCCCAGUGAUGGCGUGCGACGCUUUACGAAUGAGAUUCCCGCCGCGCCAGUGUCUCGGGUGCUUGACACUACGGCGGCGGGCGAUACGUUCGUGGGCGCCUAUGCAGUCAAGGUUGCGCGAUGGCGCGAGCAGCGCCGUGUGGAUGGUAAGGCCGGGCUGGACCUGGUUGAUGCUGAGAAGCCGUAUCGGUACCAGACGGUGAUGGACGAGGGUAUGCGAUUGGCAGCGCGUGCGUCUGCUCGCGCCGUGGAGCGACAGGGAGCAAUGGACAGUAUUCCGUUUGAGAGUGAACUUUAA